CAGUUUCGCUUUGGCACGCUGGGACCGUGGCUCGUCUGUCAGUCUGUCCCGUUUUUUUGUUGUUGCCUGCGCUGCCUUACUAUACGGGAUAUUUCUGAUUGGCUCCCCCUUCCUCUCCUCUCCUCUCCUGUCCUGUCCUCCCUCCUCCCCCAUCUGUGAUUGUAUGUAAAUCCGGUCGGGACUGAGCCAGUAGGUGAGGUUGGGGCUGGUGGCUCCUACCUCGGUGGCGCACACGAGACCCGAGAGCGGCCGAGGUGAGAUCGCUGCGCGGUCGGAGCUGUCCACUGUGUCCGUGGUGCUGAACUCUGCUCUGCGUUAUUCUGGGAAACGGAUUAACAACCUCCCCGUUCGGCUGCUUGUAGGUGCAAACUUCUCCCGAGGACAGAUCUCUCUGUCUAUCUCUCUCUUUCUUUUUCUCCCCCCCACAUCGGGAAAUACUCUACACCCGCCGUGGAUCUGACCGGAGAUUAUCAUUAAUUACACUUUGUUGAGAAGUGUUUCUUCAAUCGACUCCUCCUGUUUGGAUUGUCCACCUGGAUGGUUUACAUUUGGACACACAGGAAAAGACCAAUGAAGACAGCCAGAUGGUGGUCGGCUGCAGUUUUACUGUUGGGGCUCGCUGCGCUUGGCGCCAACGGGAGACCCAACAAGGAGGGAUUCGGGUCACCGCCCUAUCGACCAGUCGUGAGAUUCCGACACAAGGAUGGGAUCCCGGAGAGCUUGAGAAUAAAAGCUAAUCAUCCACUGGCUUGGAAAAAGCCUUCCAGUUCAGGUUUUAUGGGGCACAAUGGCUAUCCAGGUCCGUGUGAGCACAAGUACUGUGGCCUGGGACGCCAUUGUGUGGUCAACUAUGAGAUCGAUCAAGGGGAGUGUAAGUGUUUGGAUCACUGUAAACCGCACUACAAACCGGUGUGCGGUUCAGAUGGGAAGCUGUACCAGAACCACUGCGAGCUCCACCGGGCGUCCUGUCUCCGAGGACACAGGAUUACCAUCAUGCACAGCGAGGAAUGCUUCUACAAAGAUGAUAACUGCAGAUUGAGCGACUACCGCCGACUGAAAACCAAGGUGCUGGAUUUGUAUGACAAACGAUACAUGGGGUCAACCAUCCAUGGGACCCACAGAGACAACAUGGUGGCCAAGAAGCAGCUGGUUGAUUUGAUGUUCAAACGCUUUGAUGCAGACAACAAUGGUCAAAUAGAUGCCAGUGAACUCUCACAGGUGAUCAAGCAAGAAGGUCUGUCCAAGGACAUCUCUGAGUGCACUCUGUUCGACCUGCUGAAAUACAACGACGUCAAUGACGACGAGCACCUGACCAGAGAGGAGUUUUACACUGCCUUUGAUGUGUACCAGCUCAACCUUCCAGAUGACCAGAAAGUCAUCGUCACAACAGUCACUGUCGGCCAGAGUGCCGUGUUGACUUGUGCCAUCACAGGGGAGCGCAGGCCUCCCAUACUGUGGAAGAGAAACCAUCAGUAUCUGAACUCCUUGAACCUGGAAGACAUCAAUGAUUUCGGGGAUGACGGGUCCUUGUACAUCACCAAGGUGACCACUACUCACAUGGGCAACUACACCUGUCAUGCUGACGGAUACGAAAAACUGUUUCAGACCCACACUCUUCAAGUGAACGUUCCUCCAGUCAUCCGAGUUUACCCAGAGAGCCAAGCCAGAGAGCCAGGUGUCACCGCCAGCCUGCGCUGCCAUGCUGAGGGCAUCCCCAGUCCACAGCUGGCCUGGCUGAAGAACGGCAUGGACAUCACCACCAAGCUGUCCAAACAGCUCACCCUGCAAGCUAAUGGAAGCGAGGUGCACAUCAGCAACGUGCACUUUGAAGACACCGGCGCCUACACCUGCAUCGCCAGAAAUGAGGCCGGCGUGGACGAGGACAUCUCUUCGCUAUUUGUGGAGGACUCUGCGCGCAAAACUCUGGCAAACAUUUUGUGGCGAGAAGAAGGUCUCGGCAUUGGCAACAUGUUCUAUGUGUUCUAUGAGGACGGUAUUAAAGUCAUUCAGCCGGUGGCCUGUGAGAUACAGCGACACAUUAAGCCCAGCGAGAAGCUGCUGGCUCUGCAGGAGGAGGUGUGCCCAACCUCACCAGGAGAGGCGGUUCAGAGGUGUGUGUGGUCAUCAGCGGUCAACGUCAAGGACAAGUUUAUUUAUGUGACACAGCCAACCUUGGAUCGAGUGCUCAUAGUUGACAUCCAGUCUCAGAAGGCUGUCCAGACGGUCAGCACCGACCCGUAUCCUGUGAAGCUCCACUAUGACAAAUCUCACGACCAGGUGUGGCUGCUCAGCUGGGGAGACAUGGAGAAGAACUUCCCCACUCUGCAGGUGAUCAAUCAGGCCAGUGGAAGAGUCUCCCACCACACUGUUCACACGCAACCGGUCGGCAGGCGCUUCGACAGGGUGGACGAUUUCUUCAUUCCCGCCUCCAGCCUCAUCAUUAACCACAUCAGAUUUGGUCUCAUCCUUCAUCGAAAUGAGCCUGUCCUCCACAAGAUCGACUUGGAGACUACAUCGUACGUGAAAAACAUCAGUUUACGGGAGUAUAAUUGCAUCCCUAAGUCUGUAGCCUACACCCAUCUUGGUGGCCACUACUUUGUUAACUGCAGGCCAGACUCCACCGGUACCACGCAGCCCCAGCUUAUCUUAGACAGUGUGACGGAUAGCAUUACUGGUCAAAACCGCGACGUCACCGGCACUCCCUACGUGUCUCCAGACGGCCACUACUUGGUCACUGUCGAUGAUGGCGAUGGCCUGAUGAGGAUCCAGACGGUCUCAGAGCGGGGAGAGAUCCAGGAGCCCUUCGACAUCCACACCAACCUGCAUCUGUCUGACCUGGCCUUCCAACGCUCCUUUACGGAGGUCCACCAGUACAACGUGUUCGGCAGCUCUGGCCGUCAAACUGACGCUCUGUUCGUGGAGCUGAGCACCGGGAAAGUCAAGAUGAUCAAGAGCUUGAAAGAGGCCACCAAGUCAUUCGAGUGGCCAUGGAGCAGUAGGAACAGGGUCAUGGCAGGCAGUGGAUUGUUUGGACAGUACCUCAUGACACCGUCCAGAGAGUCCCUCUUCAUCCUAGAUGGACGCCUCAACAAGCUCAACUGCGAGAUCACUGAUGUCCUGAAAGGCAACGUGGUGGUGUGGGUUGGGGAGUCUUAAGUUGUGACGUAAAGAACCAGUGAGCUUUGUUUUCCUUCAAAGGUACUGUUGCACUGAAUUCUGUUGCAGAUUCUUUCAUUUUGUGGGAGCGCAAUUGUGAAAACCACAAAUUCAGAAACCAAAUUGAUUUGUAAGUCCAUUGGAUGAGGGACUGUCAUCCACAAAAGAAAAAAAAAAAAAACAACAACCCUGAGGGCAUAAUUGAUCGAUACUGUCUUAGAGCCAAGUCAUUUUUUUAAAAUUUCACCUGAUGGUUUGCCUCUCUGUCAACAAAGUUGCUCGCUAGUAACAUUUUUUCAGGAAAAUUGGUAUGACUCUGUAAAUGUGUACAACUUUGCAUUAUGAUUUGGUUGUAUUCAAUGUGUGGGAAUGCUGUAGAUAAACUCUGAAAACAAAUUGAAGUAAAUCAGCAUACAUACAUAUAUAAUUACAUGUAUGUAGUAUAAGUCCAGAUUAACCCUUUCAAUUUUAGUUUACCCAUCCCCAACUUUUCCCUGUGCCUUCAAGGAAAAUUCCCCUCCAUCAGAGGAAUUAGCGUAAUUAUUCCCAGUGUGAAUGCAGACUACGCCUCUUUCUUUGACCCCUUCAUUUAUGGUGAGUGUGGUUCCUCACAAAUCUACCGCUCUCUUGUAUCUGUCCGUUAAACGCAGCCAACUCAAUCUAAUUAAAAUGAGCCCUUGCUGUGAUCCCAUCCUGUUUGAAGUGGAGACUGAGUGGUUCAUUAUGGUUGUGCGCUCUAUAACCUUUGAUCUGAAAUUAUAACCAGCUUUGGAAGAUUUUGAAUGAUACAGUUUAUUCUCUUUCCUUUAUAGUCCAAAGCAGAAAACUGAAAGUCAGUGGUGAUGUUAGUUAAAUUGUACCAGCUUUAUACACUACACAUUGUGAAAUUUUAAGUAUUUCAAAAUGUUCCUUAGCAAAGAGUCAAUAGAGCACUCGUGUGUGAAGAAAUUCUAUCAUAACUUCAAUAUCCCUGGACCAAAACAAAAGAACAGAGAAGCAUCUUAGAGUAGAGUUAAAAAUGGAAAACACGCAUUGUCUGCUCUGUUUGACAGCGUGUUUUAAGUGGAUGUUUUAAUGUGAAGUGAUGAUGAGGUAGCACACUGGGGAGUGUGGUAGUUGUGGUUGUAUUAUGUAGAGGGUCUUUAAGGAUAAGCUUCUAAUGUGAGAAACAGCUCUUUCUAAAUGCUCUUGCAGUAGAUUUGUAGCUGGCAAGUCAAUGAAACCGUUUCCAAGCUGGACACAUUUCUAUGCAUUUUCACCCUAGCACUCUAUGACUCUGAAUCACAAUGGGCAACUGUAUCUCAAAUUUAGUAUGAACUUUUGAUGUGUACAGAUUAUAUAAAGUCAUUCUGUCUUUCCUGUUGAGACUUACUCGUAUAUAUUUUGGUUUUAAUUUAAUUUGAGCCUUUUCGUUGAUCCUUUAAACCCGACUGUACUGCUGAUGAUGACUUUUCUCUCUGUGUCCUGUACAUAGUGGCUGACUGUGAUUCCAUUAGUUUUUCAUGAGUGUACAGACUCAUGCAGGUUCUGUUCAUCAUCUCAGAGCAAGUAAUCAGCACACUCCUUUUUAAGAAUGAAAACUAACACACAGCUGUCAUUAUCUACAGCUUGUACGCAAGCACAUUGUGAUCACAAACACCGCUUUCACCUCAUAUAGCCAUGUCUUGUAUGUUCCUUCAUGUGAUUGUUAUUUAUAUAGAGAAAACACGCUUGUCAUUUUACCCAACAAUAAAAAACUAUAUCAUGAUACACAA